AUGCACGUAGCGAGACCGAAAUCUGCCAAAGGUCGCACCCGGACCACCCCGCAGGGCUUCUCCCACCAUGUGGAGACUUACCCCUGCCACACCUCACCCACCCCACGACCUCCCUCAGCCCGGGCCCCGUCCAGAAUUGGGCAGGAGGGCGUGCCAGAGCUGCUCCACCAGCUUCCAGCCAGACCACCUUCCUCCAGCCUGAGCCGGUACCGAGUGCUGCCCUCCAUUGGGGCAGCAGAAAGCAGUGGGGAACACGGUGGUGACCACCCAUCUAGCAGCCACAGGAAUGUCAGAAUGAUGGACUCUGUGGUCCCUGUGAACCUGCAGGAACCAUCUGAGGAAGAGCCCAGACUUCUCCUGGCCAUCAGAUCCCACUCUGGACAGAGGUUUCAGAGGCACUUUCGGCCUACAGACACUCUCUUCACCGUGCUGGCCGUGGCGGAGGAGAAGACCGGGGUGCCUUAUAAGGACUGCAUUGUGGAGUCUAUGGAAGUGCCUAGGAGGAGUUUUAUGGACCUCAGCCGGAGCCUACAGGAGUGCAACAUCCCCAACAAGUCUGUCCUGUGUAUCCAGUACCUGGAAAGAGACUAG